GUGUAGACGAGGAGGGUGAUUGGGGUGAGUGGGAGGAAGAUGAGGGAGGAGAUCCGAAGGCGAAGCUUCUAAGGAUGCGCAAACAAUUGCGAGAGCAACAGCUGGAGAGAAUUCGCGCGUCUUCUACGAGUGCGAAGUUCAACAAGAUGCGGAAGCGAGUCAGCUCGACGGGAGGCAAGCAGAUAGCUGCGCGAAUACAAAUCGAGGAAGAUCUUGCGAGGGAGAUAGUUCGCGUGAAUCAAGCAGGAGAGCGGCCCUGGGAUCCUUUAAAAGUGCAGCGGGAAUUUAUCAGGAGGAUGAUCGAGGAAGGAGAAGGAAGCUACUACGGCGUAAGACACGGGACCGGUCACAAAGCUACGUGGAAGUGGUACUCAUGUUUUACGAAGCGGCACGAGCUAAAAAGUACCAGAGACGUCACGGCUUCAAGUAUACGCUCCGACUUACAGCUACGGGAUGAGAUAUUUUUAACAUGGGGUAGGUGGAUGCGGUACCUCGAAUCGAUACGAGCUAAGUCGCACCAAAUUUAUCAGGAAACGGGAGAGCUUCCGCUGGUUAUUCGUUGCAAUCUUGACGAGACUUUUCUCCGUAGUCACGUCGCUACGAAAGCUGCCUGCAUACCUAAGUUUAAUGCGCGUCGUGUGAAUCGGAGCUGGCCAGGUAGUAAGAAAACGACAAAAGAGGGCUGCACUGGUAUAUUUUUCAUCACAGACCAUCCGAGUUUCUUUUUCAAGCCAACAAUAAGCUUCCACCAGAACCGACCAUCGCAGGACAUGAAAGAUCGAGUCGCAGCCAACUGGCAGGGCAGUGCGUACAUUGAAAAGGAUGGGAACUCGCUCGGGAAUCAUCAGAUAGACAG